AUGGCAACUGCCGACGCGGGAUCAGGUUCGGGACUGCGUCCAGGUUUGGGAGGAACGGGAUUGGAGCUAGCAGUAGGUUCGGAGGGGCAGGGAUGGCGGCGAUCGGUGGCAGUGAUGGAGGCGGUGCGGCAACUGGAAGCCAUGAUGCGCGAGCCGGCGGCCGUUCUUGAUAGCAUGAAGGACAAGCUAUCUCUAGAGGAUCUCGAGAUUCUCAUCGCCUACUUCGCCCAACAGGGUCGCGACAUGUGGCAGGCGCUCGAGGUGUACGAUUGGAUGGUCCGCGGGAACCGCGUGGAGCGCCGAACGCGGCGCCUUAUCCACGUCAUCAUGGACCAGCGCCUCGGGCAGCUGCUACAGGAAGGCUGCCCGACGGAAAAAGUUUUGCGGCUGGUGGGCAGAAUGGUGGAUCUCGGGCUGCCCCCGGAUUUCCCGCUGAAAAGAAUGGUGGGGGAGGAGUUGUGGGAUAGAGGGGCGGUGGCGGAAGUCGUGAAGCUUCUGAGAAUGUUCCGGAACGAGGAGGAAAGCGCGCGGAAGGAGCAGGGGGUGGUGGCUGGAGUGAGAGUUAUGGCUUGGAAUGAGGAGGAGGAUGAGGAGGAAGAGGAUGAAGAAUGGGAGGAAAGUGAGGAGGGGAGUGUGUGGACUGGGUUAAGUGAGAGUGAGGAUGAGGUGGAGAUUGGUAGUGGUGGGCAGAAAGAUGGCGAGGCACGGCCAUCUGAUUGCGCAACUCAAGGUAACACAUUCUCAUUCCUCCCCCGCCCUCCCGCCCGCCUCCCCCUCUCUCACCACCUUUCCCGUUUUCACCUCCUCCACAUCUCUCAAACCCAACCCCUCCCGCCCUUGCCCCGGCCCCGCCCCCACCCUGCUCCCACCCGCACCCCCUCUUCUUCCUCCUCACCACCUCUCCCCUCACUGCUUUCUCUUUCCAUCAGUCUCUCGCUUGUUCCUGCCGUCAUUCGCUUUCCAGGGGUGGGCAUGGGAGCAGCUGAGUCAAGGAGGCAAGAUGUGCGAUUGUCAGGUGUGGAAAGGAGUGGGGUGCGGUCUGAACAACAACAGAGCAGCAGAGCUGCAGGUACUGAGGACAGCAGCAGAGGCGCUAGCACAGGAGGGGCGAAUGAGGCGAAAAGAGGGCAGGGGCAGGAAGGGAAGCAGGCAGGCAGAGAGUCAAAGUCAAGAGAGGCAGAAGCAGAGAGGGAGGGGGAUGAAGCAGCUGUGAUGCGAGCAGCAGAGGCAGCAGCAGAGGCGGCAGUAGCGGCAGUGGGGGAAGAAGAAGCGGCGAUGAGAGCAGCAGAGGAGAGGGAGGAUCUAGUGGGGCUGCUGCUGCUGCGAGCUGUUAGCGCUGGGCAGUACCGGCAGGUGCUGCCGCUGCCGCGCAUGCUGAGAGAAGCCGGGGUGGAGGUGGGCGUGGCGGGGUUCGGUGCGGUGCUGACCGGUGCGGUGAAGGAGCAGGAGAAGCUGAGUGUGGCGCGGAGGGAGUUGAGGGAUCUGCAGCAGAUGGGCGUGGUGGGGCAGCUGUCGCCUCUGGAAGGGCUUCUACUGGAGGUGAGCAUAGAUAGGCAGGCGGUCAGGGCAGGCGGUGAGUCCCGUCCUCUCAGUCCCGUCCUCUCAGUCCCCUUCUUUCAGUGUCCUCCUCCUCUCGAUGCCCCCCUCUCAAUUUUCCCCUCUCUGUCACUUGCACAUGUAGGUCCUUGGAGUAACGCUGCAGCACAAGGCAGGUUUUCAGGCACAUCCCAAAGCAGACUCUCAACAACCUCCUCUCAAUGUCCCUUGCUCAAUCCUCCCCUGCUCAAUCCUCCCCUGCUCAAUCCUCCCCUGCUCAAUCCUCCCCUGCUCAAUCCUCCCCUGCUCAAUCCUCCCCUGCUCAAUCCUCCCCUGCUCAAUCCUCCCCUUGUCCCUUUACUUGCACCCAUGCAGGGGCAACGCUGCAGCACGAGGCAGGUUUUCAGCCAUCGUUUAAAGCGAUACUCUCAACAACCUCCUCUCAGUGCCCACCUCCCAAUUCUCCCCUUGUCCCUGCCAUUUGCACGCAUGCAGGUUCACGGGGCAACACUGAGGCACGAGGCAGAGCAAGUGGUGCAGUGGUGUGCAGAGGAGUGCGAGGGCGACCUGCAAAGACUGAGGGAGGCUGUCUGCGAGAGAGAGAGGCAGCGGGAGGAGCGGCUAGCAGUGCUUGGACAGGCGGGCAAAGGGGGAAACGAGGUGAACGGGCGAGAGGCACAGCCGUACCAGCAAGUAGCAGAGGAGGUGGAUGGAAGGGUAUUUUUGUGGCGAGAUGCUCAGAUUGCUGGGCUGUCACCAGGGCUGUUGAGUGGGGGAGGCAUGAGGGAAGAAGAGGAGGGAUACAGAAUAGGCUCGCAAGAGCGUGAUGAGUCUUCGUUGCUGCUGGACCUGCAACGAAACAGAAAAGGAGAGAACUUAUAUCGGGAGGAGCUAGAGCGAUUGAGAAGGGUACAACAGUCAGAAAAGGAGAGGGAGAGGGAGAGGAAGAGGAGCAGGGAAAUUCAGAGGCUAGAGCGGGAGAGGGAAAGAGACCUGUGGGUGCUGCAAGCGGGGGAGGUGGCAGCAGCGCGGGCGCAGGCGGGCAUGCAGGGGAAGCUGGUGACGCUGUGGUUCAACGCGGGCCACCCCGAGCAGGCGGAGCGCGCACUGUGGGGCGUGGUGCAGCAGGGGGCGCCUGUACCUGGGGAUUUGGCUGCCAGUGUUGCAGGGCUGUACGCCUACUGGGGCGACCACACGGGGCUAAACAGUUUCAUACAGCGGCUGGAGGCACUGGGGAGUCCCCUGGACGAGUGGGCGUAUGCACUCAUGGUGGGGGGAGCACUCAAAGGCGGGCAUGUAGACGUGGCUGCAUUCGCUGUGAGGGAGAUGGUGCGGAGGGGCAUGCAGCCCAACGCACAGCAACUCGCUAUAGUGUUGCGGCGAUUACAGAGGGGGGAUGCGGGAGUGGAGGCGUAUCUGGGGCUGUGCGCGGCCCUGGCGGACGUGGGGCUGCUGGAGCCCACCCUCGUCUUCCUCUAUGUUGAUUUGCUGCGCCUCUGCAUCCUGCGCAUGCUGUAG